AUGGCGAUCACGUCAUCGCCCAUGCUGUCGCUGCUCCUUCUCGCGUUGCUGUGCCAUUCCUCUCCGUCCGCGGCGCAGGAUCACGGCGCCGUCAUCAACAUCUCGGCCGUCGAGGCGGCCGUCCGCGACCGCGCGUUCGAGCUGCUCCGCCGCACCAACCAGCUCGUCGCCGUCGCGCCCCUCCCGGACCACGUCUCAGCUUCCGCCGGCGCCGAGGUCGAGGCCUCGGCGCUGCGCGUGCGGAGCAACUCCCUCUGGGCCGACGGCGUCAACGAGACCGGCGCCACCGCGGGGUUCACCGUCCCGCCGCGCGUCGUGCCGGCCCCGUUCGCCCGCCGCGUCGACGUCGUCUUCCUGCGCUUCCUCCUCCCCGACGGCGCCGCGCUCUUCGUCGCGCCGCCAGGGUACGCGCUGGCGGCCCCCGUGGUCGCGCUGCUCGCGUACGACGUGUCUUCCGGGCCCAACGGCAGCGAGGUCGCGCUCCGGGCGCUCGGCGCGCCGGUGCGCGUCGAGUUCGGGAACCUCUCGCUCUCGUCGUCGGUCAACGCCACGGAGGCGCCGAGGUGCGUCACCUUCGCGGCGGCCAGCGGGAAGGCCGUGGCCACGCACGCCAUGGCGUCGGCGACCGAGUGCACGGUGACCGGCACGGGGCACUACGGCGUUGCUGUGCGGCUGGAGGUGCCGCCGCCUCCGACGCCGACGCCUGCGGCGGUGAGGCAGCGGUGGUGGGCGUGGACGGUGGUCGCAGGCGCCGGCGGGGUUGUGGCCGUGAGCUUCUUGGCGGUCACCGUGGCCGGAGCGGUGCGGUGGAGCAGGAGGCGCAGGAGGGAGGAGAUGGAGCUGCGGGCACUGGCGGGCGAGGAUCUGGGGCGGAUGGCAGUGCGAGGGAGCAGGAUGCCGUCGGCGAAGAUGGUGCGGACACGGCCUGAGAUGGAGGAAGGCAGCCCGCUGCCCUGGCGGCGCUAG